UACAGACGUCAUCACUGCGCGACGUAGUGUCGUACGGAAUGGGAUAGGAGUGUACGGAAGAGGGGUGAGUACAGCAGCAUGGACAGGUUCGUCAUCAGGAACCCCAAAUCGCACAAGAUCCAGGAUAACAAAGGAAAACCGAAGAGCAAGGGGCAGGCCACCCUGCACUCCCUGAAGAGAGUUGUGGUUCUGGAAGACAUAAAGAGAUGGAAAUGUAUCCUGGAGCUGCCCAACCAAACGACGGAGAACCUGACCGACGCCUUGUCACAGCUAAAGAAGAAAAUCCCAUCGGAGGAAGUCAUCCGUUCCACAAAAAUAGGGGAGGCAGUGGAAAACUUGCAGAUACACAGUGACCAGAAAGUAUCUGAGCUCGCUAAAGAAGUGCACACCCAAUGGGAGACGUUUAUACGGGAGAAGCGCUGUAAGCCGACCAUAGAGGUGAGGUGCGAUGCUGCAACUGAGAAACUGCGCGGCAAUGCCAGGAGGAUGCUUAGUGACAUCUUGGGCAAUGAGGCUGGUGACUCUUUGGCUGAAUGCAUUGAACGGGAAGUUUUCCACCAAAGCUCCAGGCUUAUCAAUGUGCAUUAUAGAAAGACGGUCCGGGCGUUGGUGUUCGCUUUGAAGCACAAACCGGAGAUUCGGGCACAAGUAAAAGAUGGACACUUACCUGUCAACCAACUAGUGCAGAGUCAUAAGAAGUGACGUCCUGCAGCCAUAAGGAUGUAACAUGGAGACGACAAGGAUCCUUCUGGACUCUGCAUCAUUUACAAGAUCAUCCGGGGAACAUUCUUCACACAGAGCAAUCAGAAUUUACAUUUUUAACAUUUCCACGAAUCCGCAGCAAAACCAUGCUGAUGGAACUUUUUAAUGGAUGUUUAUAUUGCCAAUAUAUUUUAAUUAUUUUUUUUACAAAAAAAAAACUAGGAAUAAAAUGUUUCUUAAUAAAAGGGUUGUUUGGUCUUCAAGUGUGAAAGCGAUAAUAAUAAAAUGUAAGAUGCCUGCUCCCCAAUCACACCUAAGACCUUGGAACACUUACAAGUCACAUGACAUUGGGGAUGGAAAAUGGCCAGUUGGGCCCAAUUUGGACAUAUCCAUUUAGGGGUGUACUAAUUUUUGUUGCCAAGGUUUAGACAAUGGCUGCGUGUUGCGUUAUUUUGAGGGAAAGCAACAUUUAAGGGUGCGUUCACACGCUAUUUGUUUUUGAGGGUUUUCCGCAGGAAUUUACGCUGCGGAAAAUCCGACUCAAGCCCCAUUGAAGUCAGUAGGGAUUGCGGCGGAUUUUCCGCAGCGGAAAUUGGAAAAUCUGCUACGGACAGCUGAGAAGAGCCCGCCCACUUUCAAAAGCGCAGCGGAAAACCCGCAAGAACAAAUGGCGUGUGAACGCACCCUUAAAGGGGUACUCUGCCCCUGGCAUCUU